AUGCCGCUGCGCCCCCCUGUGGUUGGAAGCAGAGUCACCAAGGGUGUUGCUGCCCUGGACUCUGGGGAAAUGCGGGCUGGAACCUUGGCUAUCAGUACAGAUGCCUCCAAGUUCCAAAUUCCUGUGCUAAAGGGACGUGUGGUCUGGAGGAGGCCCUGGGCGGGGGCCGUGCAGGUGGGGCUGGCCUUGCAGCUGGCUUCUCUGGGCUCCCCGAAUGCUGAAGCUGUUUGUGUGUCACCGAGCGGGGCCGAGUGUCCCCAGGCCACCCUCUCCACAUUCCACGCCCGGAUCCGAGGUGAGCUUAUACCGCCGUUUGCCCAGCCUUGUGGCCAAGGAUUCACUGAAUCACGUCACCCGUGA